AAGGCUUCUGCCCUAAUGGCAUCUUUGCAAAGUCAUGAAGAACUUCCUGAAUGUCUCAAUGAGCUGUGAUUGGGCCCUCUCAGAAUUGGCGGGCAUGUCAAGCCCUCAUCAAAUGCGCGGCCACGGCCACAGCGCCGCGCUAGCUGUGCUUGGGCCCCUCCGCCAUAUUUGCCCCUCAUCAAUUCAUCAAUAGAGGCGUCUACCUCUUUCUUCUCCCUCCUGUCUGAUUAUGUCCAUCCUCGGGCGAGUUGUCCAGAUCCUGAAGAGAUUGCCACGGCUGCACAUUGACAUUGGUGCGCCUCGAGAAUGCCAUAGGUUGGCGCUGUCCUACCCUCGAAACGGGGUUGUCUCAACUCGUGCGUGGAGCCCCGUUCGCCCAGUCGUCACGUUGGCCCGCCCGCAUCGAGAGAAAAGCGUCGCCAAAACCUCGAGUCGACGAAUGGCUUCGUACAACGAGGUUUUCUCGGAAGAUCGCAGUGGAAUAGGGGAGCAGGAUGUAGAUGUAGAAGAGAUAAUCAACGACUUUCGUAUGCUACAGCAUGUGGUCAAUCGCCAGUCAUCAAGACCAUACCGUUACGCCGAGGUCCAACUUUCGUCCUUACCAAAAGGAGGCAAGAAGUCCGAUGGCGGUCGUGGAACCGUGACCGUGUCGGACUUGCAAAGAGUGAUCAAGCCAGAUGACAACAUCGCCUGGCGAGUCAUUGCGAGCCGAGUCCUAUAUGAGGAACCCGACGAUCUGUUGCAGAGGCUCAGCAGAAAACAAUUGACGCUGAUAGAUCUCAUGAGGAUUCCCGGCAUCGGGGCCAAGAAAGCCAGCAACCUCUAUGAUGCGGGCUUCCACUCCCUCUCGGACGUCCGUUCUCGCAUUGAUGAUGCACCUCUGGAGAAGGCCAGCCAAAUCGCGCUGGCACACCUCUCCGACAUCGAACAGCGAAUACCACGCUCGGAGUCCUUGGCAUGGCAGGCGUUCGUCGAGUCUGUACUGCGAAAAGUCGAUGGCGGCGUCUGUCGAAGUGAGCUCGUCGGCAGCUUCCGCAGAGGGACAGCUAGCAGCAGCGAUCUCGACUUCAUCGUUUCGCAUCCGGGCAUCACCGAUCUCAAAGACCUUGACCAGAGAGAGAGGGCCAGAAAGCUGCUCGAAAGUGUUGUGCAGGCUUUCAGGAGCCACAAAGUCGAGGUGGACGAUCCUCUGGCGCACGGCGCGUUUGUCUACCGAGGUCUCGUUCAGUGGAACGAGGCACUCAAGAAAGAGGUAAACAGCGCUGAAAUCAAGAAGCCUUUCCUGGCUCGCCGAAUUGAUAUAUUCAUCACACCAUGGCAUUCAUGGCCAUUCACGCUUUUGGGAAAGACCGGCGACACAAGCCUGAUGGAGCACCUCCGUUGCCAGGCCAAGAAAAGGGGUUUGGCAUUGAACGAGUACGGCAUGGGGCCUCGAAACGACAAUGGAUCAGCCCCAAAGGAUUUCACGGUGAAAGCAGAGACCGAGAAGGACAUCUUUGAUAACUUGGGCCUCGACUAUCUUGAGCCCACCGAACGAGAUUUUGCAGCGUGGGGAAAAAAGUACAAUGUCUCUUCCUUCUGAUGCCGAUAUUUAGCAAGCAAUUGUCCUGAUCACCACUCAAUCAAUAAUCAAUAAUGCUGUGCAUGCAUUGCAUGCGCUCUAGUAGGCUACAUGGGUCUAGUUAGACUUGAGCGUUCGUUGUUUUUCGCCUUCC